AUGGCUACUGAAAAUGCAUCUUUUGUGACUGAAUUCUUUCUAGUGGGACUAACAGAUCACCCAAACCUCCAACUCCCCUUUCUUUUCCUGUUUCUAUUAAUUUAUAUGGUGACUGUAUUGGGAAACUUUGGCUUGAUAACUCUAAUUGGGCUGAAUUCCCACCUUCACAUAACCAUGUACUUCUUCCUUUUAAAUUUGUCCUUCAUAGACCUCUGUUAUUCUUCUGUGGUUACCCCCAAAAUGCUGCUCAACUUUUUAACAAAGAAGAACACUAUCUCCUACCAGGGAUGCAUGACACAGUUCUUUUUCUACUGUUUUUUUGCCAUCUCUGAGUGCUAUCUCCUAUCAGCAAUGGCCUAUGAUCGCUAUGUGGCCAUCUGUAAUCCACUCUUGUAUAUCAUUGCCAUGUCCCCUAAAGUGUGCUCCCACCUUACGUUUGGUUCAUACUUGAUGGCAUUUUCUGGUUCUAUAGCCCACACUGGCUGCCUGUUGAGACUGACCUUCUGUGAUGCCAAUACCAUCAAUCAUUACUUCUGUGACAUCCUCCCUGUGCUCCAGCUCUCCUGCACUAGCACCUAUGUCAAUGAGCUGGUGGUCUUCAUUGUCUUUAUCUCUUAUGGUUUCAUUAUCUACAGCAUUCUCCAAAUCAGUUCCACUGAGGGAAGGUUCAAAGCCUUCAGGACCUGCAGUUCCCACAUAACAGCUGUUUUUAUGUUCUAUGGAUCAGCUUCAUUUAUGUAUCUCCAACCAUCUUCUGCUGGGUCUAUGGAUGAGGGAAAAAUCUCUUCUGUCUUUUACACCAUUGUGGUUCCCAUGAUGAACCCCUUAGUUUACAGCUUGCGGAACAAAGAUGUUAAACUUGCCCUGAAAAAGACGCUGAGUGGGAGAAAGUUUUAA